AUGGAGGACGUGUUUAAACGAUUUUUAUUAGCUUCUGACCCAUACAUUUCAAGUUGCAGAAAGUUGCCAGCAAAACCGAUGAAGUCUUUGUCAGCAGAUACAAUUGAUUUACUGUUGUCUCCAUCUAUUGAUGCGGAAGAAGUGUUGGAAAGUACUGAUUGUAGUUCGGCCUCUGAGACAGAGACAGAUGUAGAUGCUGAAGAUCUUGCUGAAAACUAUUUUUUUUUAUGUAAUUAA